AUGGCCAAACCAAUCACCAUCCCCGCCACCCACGUCGCCCUCGCUGACAAGGCAUGCCGCAACCUGGUCGCCGCCUUCCUCAAAGACUUCGGCCCGACCACCACAGCCAGCACGCUCUCACGCGGCGACUUCACCGCCGUCUUUCACCCGGACGUGCACUGGUACGACCACGCCUUCCUGAUCUGCCGGCAAGGCCACGAUGCCGUGGCGGGCUUGCAGGUCGCGUUCCGGCAUGCGAAUCAGCCCUUUGAUGUUGAGAUUAAGGCAAUUACGCCGACGGCCAAGGGUGCGAUUCUCGAGCAAGUGUGGGUAGGGAGGCUAAGCAACGAUAUUGUAAGGCCAGAUGGUCAGGUCGUUGUCAAGGCCACGGGGAAGGACUUCAGGUGCCAUGUGUGCAUGGUGGUAGAGGUCGACCAGGAUGGCCUAAUACGGAGGAUUGAUGAGUAUUAUAACAAGGCGUGGGAUGAUGGAGUCCGAGAGGCCGAGUAUGUGGUUAUGAAGGGAGGAAGCCUGAAGCAACGAGUUGUUCAGACUCCGCUCUGA